CGUUUGCAGUUCAAAGCACUCACGCGUUCUGGGGAUUGUACUUGGAGACUAGAAAGGAGCACUUUACCGUUUCAUCCUACAGAGUUGAAAGCAAACUCUUACCAACUGGCUUGUUUUUGCACUUCCAAGUGCGGAUCCGCUUCCAGAAAACACACUCGUCCUAGGAGUCUGUCAGAAGCUCAUGCGUAAAGACACUCGCUCUCCAAAUCGGUUUUCUGCACCGUAGCAAAAGAGAAUCAGCUACCGUUUUUAUGUGCAUUUCUCACAGUUGAAAGACUUUGAUCAAACUCAUCUUGGUAAGGUAAAGUUCAUUUAGUGGCUUUUCCUCUCGCAAGAAAGCAGAAAAAAAGUCCCCCGUUUCACGCGUAAUUUGGCACCAAACAGUUUUUCGCAUGAAUCUCCUCGACCCUUACCUGAAGAUGACGGAGGAACAAGACAAGUGUCUCUCUGAUGCCCCGAGCCCGAGCAUGUCCGAGGACUCCGCGGGCUCUCCAUGCCCGUCCGUCUCGGGCUCCGACACCGAGAACACGCGGCCGUCGGAGAACGGGCUGCUCAGAGCGGACGGAGACUUCAAGAAGGACGAGGAAGAUAAGUUUCCCGCGUGCAUCCGUGACGCUGUGUCCCAGGUGCUCAAGGGCUACGAUUGGACCCUCGUGCCUAUGCCAGUGCGCGUUAACGGAUCUUCUAAGAACAAGCCUCACGUUAAGAGACCGAUGAAUGCCUUCAUGGUGUGGGCUCAGGCUGCGCGGAGGAAGCUGGCGGAUCAGUACCCACACCUGCACAACGCGGAGCUCAGCAAAACUCUGGGAAAACUCUGGAGACUUCUCAACGAAGGUGAGAAGCGGCCGUUUGUGGAAGAGGCUGAGCGGCUCCGGGUGCAGCACAAGAAGGAUCACCCUGACUACAAAUACCAGCCCCGGCGGAGGAAGUCGGUGAAGAACGGACAGAGCGAGUCGGAGGACGGCAGCGAGCAGACGCACAUUUCCCCAAACGCCAUCUUCAAAGCUCUCCAGCAGGCGGACUCCCCGGCCUCCAGCAUGGGAGAGGUGCACUCUCCGGGUGAGCACUCAGGCUCCCAGGGGCCCCCUACUCCUCCCACCACCCCAAAGACUGAUGUCAGCUCAGGCAAGAUGGACCUAAAGCGUGAAGGCGGCCUCCGCUCUCUGCCCGAAGGCCCCGGCGGGCGCCAGCUCAACAUCGACUUCCGCGAUGUGGACAUCGGCGAGCUGAGCAGCGAUGUCAUCUCCCACAUCGAGACAUUUGACGUCAACGAGUUCGACCAGUACCUUCCGCCUAACGGGCACCCUGGCUCUGCUAGCGGCCCUGGCAACACCACGCCAGUCAGCUACACCGGCACCUACAGCAUCAGCAGCGGUGCCCCGGUCAGUCCGCAGGCAGGAGUCGCCGCAGCCUGGAUGGCUAAAAGCCAAAAUCAGCAGGGACAGCAGCAGCAGCACACCCUGACCACCCUGGGGAGCAGCGGCGCUUCAGAGGCGGCCCAGGCCCAGCACAGGACCCAGAUCAAGACGGAGCAGCUGAGCCCGAGCCACUACAGUGAGCAGCAGGGCUCCCCGCAGCACAUCGCCUACAGCCCCUUCAACCUGCAGCACUACAGCCCCUCCUCCUCCUACCCGGCCAUCUCCAGGGCGCAGCAGUACGACUACCCCGACCACCAGGGGGGCAGCACCGCCGCCUCCUACUACAGCCACGCGGGGGCGGGGCAGGGCUCGGGGCUAUACUCGACUUUCAGCUACAUGGGCAGCCCCAGCCAGAGGCCCAUGUACACGCCCAUAGCCGACAACACGGGGGUGCCCUCCAUCCCCCAGAGCAGCCCGCAGCACUGGGAGCAGGCUCCGGUUUACACCCAGCUCACCAGACCCUGAGCCGCCCGGCAGACUGAGAGACAGCACGCUCACAUAUGAACAGUGACAUGUACAGCCACACACACCUAACACACACACACACACACACACACACUCACUCACUCACUCCAAAACACUUUACUCCAGGGAGAGUUCCUCCUCCAGAGCUGCUCCCUGAAUCAGACACUUGAAUUCGAAGAAGCGGAGAGCUGGACUUGUGAUUGGCUCACGUCGUGCCUUGCUAUUGUAUCUUGAUAGAAACUAUAUAUAUUUUUAGAAAGAUGAAAAGACUUAGGAAAAUCCUCUGUGAGGACUUAUUGAUUGUUGAUAUUUCAGUAGGUACUGUGUGUUUCUUUCUGUUUUAUUCCUUCAUACGCUGGCAGUUUGUAACCCAUGGGGAUGGGGGAGGGUUUGGGUAAUUAUUUGUACCUGUAGAUAUAAAACAAAAAGCUUUAUAUUUUAAACAGUUCAGCAACUAACCACUCAUGGUAGUGCAGUAUUUGGUUCUCUGUUCGAUUUCAUACAAGGAUUUCUGGGUUUUUUUUGUUGUCGUUGUUGCUUACUCUUUUCUGUGUCAUUCAGCAAGUAUGGUUUGUAUUUAAGCUGUUGAUUGUUUUGCUCAAGUUAUGUGUCGUGAUCAUUGGAAAAGCUAUUAGGCAAUACAGAGAACGAGAGAGAGAGGCUUGGUUUCACAAUGCUGUGCUGUCUUGACGGGGGAGACUGCAGCCCUUUCCACCAUCCGUGCCUUGGAUUUUUACAUUUUCUCAAACUUUUGUGUGUGUGUGUGUGUGUGUGUGUGUGUGUGCGCGCGCAUGCGUGCAAUGGCCACAGCUGAGAUUACACUUACCGUCCAACAGCGUGUGUUUGACAGCUACAGGAAGUCACCUUUGACCCCCUUGGGUGUCCAACUGCAGUCUCCCACCAUGCUGGUGUCCAAAACAGUCCCUUCACCCUUCCCUCUGGUCCAAUCCAGUUUAAAACUUUAUUUAUUUAUUAGCUUUAAUUUUAUUUGAAAGUAAUUAUUUUGCAUACUAUUCUUAUAACUAAUGAAUCGUCCUCUUUGCAAUGUAGACGGCAUAUAAUUUCCCUUUUCAUUGUUUUUUUAAAUUUUGAUUUUCAACCCUGGGGGUACAUAGACAAAACGGUACACGCUGUAAUCGUCUUUUUUUGGUUUAUUUAUCUUAUAUAAAUGUCUAUUUUAAGUAUGUAUUUGCCUUUUUCUGAGGGUUGGGGGAGGGGGGAGGGAGUUAUCUAACGAAAUGUGUACGGAUUAUUUGUUAUUUGUGAAUUUCCUUUGAGUUGGACUUUAAACUAUGGCUGAAAGAACUGGAAAAUGUUAUCUCAGUUACAAAGGUUUUUACAGUUUUUUUGUUAGGCUUUUUUGUUUGUGCGAUCACCAGAGGGACCGUCCAUCCUUUCUGCUCUGCAAGCUCCAUUUCCUUUUCUCUCCAUAUCAAAAGAACUGAUGUUCCCAAUACUCUCCAGUUUUUUCCUCUGUGAUCUUGCCAUGUAUUUGUACUGUCUUUAAAGAAUCUUUUGUAUAUGUAUUUGCAAUAAAAAAAGAAAAUGCUAUUAAAAAAAAGAAAGUU